AUGAAGCAGAAGUCCGGUCGAGAGCAAGCUGUGUGGGCGGCGGACAACAUCAAACCCAAGAUCUCUGGGGUGUGGGAUGUGGCCGGAUCGCUCUUCCUUAUCACCGCUCCCCCGAUCUCCGUGCAUCUCCUUGCCUAUACGCUCCUCAAGCUCGAUGGCUCCUGGAACAACCUGGCCAAGGUCGUGUCGGACGUCGGCAUCGUGCAGACCUUCUCGCAGGCAGUCCCUUCCUCCCAGGAGGUCUGGCAGGCCGUUCCUUUCGUGCUCUGCUUCGCUGCCUUCCAGCUGCUGUGCAUGUGGGUAGUUCCGGGCAAGUACGUCGACGGGCCCGUCGCUCCUUCGGGCCAUGUGCCCAAGUACAAGGCCAACGGCGUUCAAUGCUUCCUCCUCACGAUCCUUGUGUGGGCGAUCGGGUCCUAUCAAGGGUUGAUUCCAGCAGGAUGGCAGUACGACCAUGCCAACGCCAUGUUCGCCUUCCUUAACGUGUCUUCCAUCUUCUUGUGUAUGCUGCUGUACCUCAAGGGAAGGUUCCUCCCUUCCACUGCUGACAGCGGGCACUCUGGAAACUUGAUCUUCGACUUCUUCUGGGGUACGGAGCUCUACCCGCGCUUCGGUCACUGGCUGUGGCCGAUCGGAUGGGACGUGAAGCUCUUUACCAACUGCAGGUUCGGGAUGAUGUACUGGGGCCUCUCUACGCUCUCCUAUGCUGCGAAGCAGUACGAGCUCUACGGCUUCAUCAGCGACUCGAUGCUGGUGUCGUCGCUCGUCCAGGUAGUCUACGUGCUCAAGUUCUUCUCGUGGGAGAUGGGCUACAUGAACACCAUGGACAUCCAGCAUGACCGCGCUGGUUUCUACAUCUGCUGGGGCUGCCUUGUGUGGGUGCCCUCCCUCUAUACCUGCCACACUCUCUUUCUCGUCAACAACCCCUACAUGAUGGGAAGAGCUGUCACCGCGUUCCUCCUCCUCUUCGGUCUCCUCGGAGUCUGGAUCAACUACGAGUCAGACGCGCAGAAGAUGAGGUUUCGCAGGAGCGGAGGGAAGUGUAUGAUCUGGGGGAGGCCGGCGAAGAAGAUUGUGGCUACGUACACCACCAAGGAUGGAGAAAGCAAGCAGAGCUUGCUGCUGCUCUCGGGAUGGUGGGGGGUCAGCAGGCACUUUCAUUACAUCCCUGAGCUCAUGGCGGCGUUCUCCUGGACGGCUCCGACGCUGUGGAAAGGCAACUGGGCCGGGUUCACCUACUGGCUGUUCCUCGCCUGGCUCCUGACCGACAGGUCAGUUCGUGAUGACGCGCGAUGCAAGAGCAAGUACGGCGAGAGCUGGACCAAGUACUGUGAGCUCGUCCCGUACAAGAUCAUCCCUUACAUCUUCUAA